AGUGCUGCGUGACUCAUAGGGAGAGGACAAGUUGCUCCACUACACUUCUCCUUUUUCUGCUUCAAACAGCAGCCAUUGCUAUUGUCUUGUUUUUUCCCCUUCUCCUCUCCAGUUUUGUUUUGUCGCUGUAAGAAAGAAGUGUGGGGGUUGGCCAGUGGUCCACACCUUCAGACAGCUUUGUACCCCUCUGAACGCACCUUGGAUUAUUCCCUCUUUCCACUUUUGUUGUAUAUAUUUUUUUUUCUUGAUUUUCAUUGGUUACUGAGAUCGACACUUGUUCGGUUGCUAUCAUGGAACUUGUCACCCGAACCCUGUACCUUUGAGGUGUAGAUGCUCCAGGCGCAGCGGGACCCAGCCUCCGUGUCUGAGAGGGACGAGGCUGCUCCCACCUGGGCCACAGCACUCCUCUGAAACUCUGCUCGUUGUCUCUCGCUUGGAGCGCUAACCACCCAGAUUAUAGAACAGGAGGACGACAGGGAAGCCAUUUUGUGAGGUGAAGCUGAGUCUCCGUGCAGACGAGGAGCCAGGAGUAGUCGUAUCCAGGAUAUUUUAGGCUGCUUUCUGGCCUCUGAACUCCACUGCCAUGACGACUGCAGUACAGCCCAAUGAACUGGUGUUUGAAUUUGCCAGCAACGGGAUGGAUGAAAUCAAUCAGUUGGACGACCCGUCAGUAUUCCCAGCGGUGAUUGUUGAGCAGGUGCCUGCAGCCGAUUUGCUGCAGGUCUAUUCAGGCCUGGAUUCCGAUGAGGUGACCAACGGCAUCAUGGUGGACACCACUCUCCAUGUCGUGGAGGAACCUUCCAUCUUGGUGGGAGGGGUGGACCUCUCGGAAACAACAGUCUCAGGCGCUGAGGACAGCAUGGAGACGAACGAAGCUGCAGCAGCUCUUCUUAACAUGGAGUCUCCAAACAACAUUUUGGACGAGAAGCGUAUGAUUCACACCUACGGCACUCUGCUGGAGUCAGACUUGACAUACGCCCCUCUGAGGCCUGACCAGAUGGAUAAUGGUGCCCUUGACAUGUCCCUAGAUGAGGACACUUCAUCCAUGGAUGAGAUACCCCAAAAGUGUCCCUUAAAACCGCAGAAAAAAACCAAAGUGCGGAAGCCGCGGGCAGUGCGUCCCUGCUCCCCUAUCACCACACCUAACCUGCCACUCAGAAAGAAGAGCAAAGAGGGUAAAGGCAACACGAUCUACCUGUGGGAAUUCCUCCUGGCUUUACUGCAGGAUAAAAACACCUGUCCCAAAUACAUCAAGUGGACACAGCGGGAGAAAGGCAUCUUUAAGCUGGUGGACUCCAAAGCUGUUUCAAAGCUGUGGGGCAAACACAAGAACAAGCCUGACAUGAACUAUGAGACCAUGGGAAGAGCUCUCAGGUACUACUAUCAGAGGGGCAUCCUGGCUAAAGUGGAGGGGCAGCGGCUGGUCUAUCAGUUUAAAGAGAUGCCAGCUGAUCUGGUGGUGAUCGAGGAUGAAGACACGGGCUCUGAUGCCAACGCAGGCUACGGGAAUCAGAGAUCUACCAAUGGGCGGUCUGUGGUCCGUGGAGGAUCCAAAGGGCACGGGAGGGCUCACGGUCACCACCAAGUCUCAGUGAAGCAGAUGAAGAAGGAGCCUAAUGAUGAAUAUCUGUACCAGGAAGCCAACGGUGGACAGACUGAGCAUCUCCUUCAGUCUGUCCAUGUGUUUCAGACCAGUCAAGGGUCGGUUGUCCAAGAUCCGGCACAAGCUAUGAGGACCAUCUCUGCUCCUGCGUCACUUCCUAUGGUCCUGACAUCUCCCGGCUCUUUUCAGUCUGUUCCUCUCACCACUGUUCUGGCCAACGGAGACUCCAGCCACUCCUCCCCCCCUCGGGUUAUUCUCCACACCAUGCCCUCCACCACAGCAGGUAGUAAAGAUGUGCUUACCAUCCAGACGGCCUCUCUAGCAGGUGGAGCCAACAGCCUGCAGGACAGCCUCCCUCAGCAGCUACUGGUCACCAGUCUGGGCUCCUCCACUGUCUCCUGCUCCACCUCCUCCUCCUGCGCUUCCUCUCCAGGAGGCAUUAGUUCCUCCGCUUCCAACCUCAACCUCCCACGCCUGGUCACCAUCAACACAACCUGUGGGCAGACCAUGGUGGCACAGCAGCCUGGCACCGUAAUUGCCACCGUGCUCAAAUCCAGCGACCUUUCUGGGCUGCAUGUCAAAGAGGAGCUGCUGGACCCCAGCUACUUCCAGUCGAUGGUGAACGGUGAUCCAUCACUGGUGGCACAUACGUUUGAGAGAGAAGAGAUUGAGGUAGGGGAAGCAGAGCUGCAGUACAGGACUGUGAUCAUUGAUACCAGUCAAAGCCAUGCCCAGGAGGUUGCGAGUGGAACUAUAAUUAAUGGACAUUCCUCCCAGAGCAGCAGCCCUAGUGAGGGCCUGACCCCUGUGGAGGAGCUGGAAGUGCGUGGGGAGAUGUCCCUGCAGCCUGAGCAGGGAAUCAAAGGCCUGCAGGAGCUGCCACUGUCUGUCCAAUUGCCUGCAAACUUUAUCCAGAUAAAGACAGAGCCCGCAGAGGCUUAGGGCUGCAGGACUCCUCCACACAAGUUGAACCAAAAACAAUCAUUGAAUCAUUUUUAGCACAGACUUGAUGUUUUUUUGUCCUAGCACAGUGAUCUGAUCACAGAUCAGAGCGAGGGAUCUUGCUGCGUGUUGCUCCUAAAGUUUGGUUACUUCAGCCUCAGGAUUUAUUGUUUACUCACAUAUUUUGUGACCAUGUGCCUAAUUUUACAAAUCAAGGGAGUGUUUAGUUUAGUGUUUAGUCACUUUUCAGAUUUGGGAUUAUUUUCCAUAGACAUUAACCCCAACACACACAGAUACACAGAAACACACACACACACACACACACACACACACACACACACACACACACACACACACACACACACACACACACACACACACACAUACAUACGCAUACAUAAAACAAGCCCCCCCUCUAGGAGAACAGCCAUUGGAUUAACCAGGGAUUCCUGUCUACCAAAUGUGCCAGUUGGUAAUUUUCUUACCUUAAAUCUCAUUGGACAUGUUUUAAGAGGACAAUGCAACAAACCAAAACUGGGGACUGAAUGCCAAAUAGUGCAAUGAAAUCAGACUUCUGAGAAAGUGCAGAGGGUAUGUGAGUGUUUUUUUUAAACUACAUACAAGUUUCUGUUCCCAUGAAUGAGGGAUGGAUGCUGUGUCACGGUGUUCAAUCCGGUGAAAAAAAAAAACACAUCUCAGACUUUAAUUGAAGAGUGCCUUACAGGAAGUUCACACAGCUCAAGACUCUUUCUUUGAAACGUCUGGAGAAAAAGAUGAAAAACGGACUUUCAGACAUCUGAAAACUUAUUACUCAUUUAUUUUCAUAUAAACAAAAGAGGUAUGCAUUCGCUCUCUAUUACUCCUGGCCUUAAAACACUGUGUUACUAUGGAAAUGGGCAUUUUCUGUCCACCAAGGACAGUCCAGCAUCAAAACUGUUUGUAUAGAGCUGCAGACCGGAGGCACAGCAAGAUAGGGAGUGAAAGAAUAUGCAGGAUAAAACUGAUUUUAUUAGCCUCUGCUUCAAAGGUUUCAAGGUUUAAAUCCUGUUUAUAUGAAAUGGAAUUAUAUAUAAAUAUAUAUAUAUAUAUAUAUACAUAUAAUAUACAAUUGAGAUAAAAUUUUAAGGCCAUAGCGAAUUUAUUUAUUUUGUGAAUUUCUAAAUUCUGUAUAAAAAAGGCACAUUUGUCUUUUAUUUACAUGUGUAAACAUGAGGGAAAAUACAAAGAAUAUGAACGUUAAUACCAGGAAGCUUAUUUGGUAUUUUUUUUUAAGACCGACAUUUUUCAUUUGUAUAGCAUUCCAUAUAAUCAGCUUUGGUAUUUUCUUGAGUUUUGGACUUGAGUGCUCAGUGCGGCAUCAUUAUUCUCUUAUUGUAGAUAUCCCCUGUUGUGUGUCUGAUUUAAACAUGUACUGAAUGUGCUUUGUUUCCUUCUUUUCAGCAGACAUACCUCUUUACGUUUUUCACCACUCAAGCAGUAGGGACUAGGCAUUCAAAACUAUUAUGUUCUGUGUACUGCAUAAAGUAUCAGUGUAAUCAAUCAGUCUGUCAUAUCUCAAGUUUCUUUAGUUAUUUGGUACAAAAAUGUACCACUUCUGAUUUUAAAGCUCCUCUCCUCUUCCUUUCUUCUCUUCUCUCCUCAUCUCUCCCCUCAUCUCCUCUCGCCUCGUCUCCUCUCCCUCACCGCUCCUUUUCUCUCCCUUUCCUCUCACCCUCCUCUCCUUUCCUCUACUCUCCUCUCUACUCUUCCUCUUCUGUCAGUCGAGUCGGUGUCUUCUUUAUUUGCUGCCCCACUUUGUUAAGGACCUCUCAGGCCAGCCAUCCGAUUGGGCCCUCGGUUCUGCCGUAGAUGAAGCCACAUUGAUCCUGAGUGGUAUCACAGCCAAAUUGGGUGUAUUUUCCACCCGGACUGUAGCUGCAGAGUGAGGACAUUCAGACAUACUGACCUCCAUCCGCACUGACACCUAGGGACAGGAGUUAAACGCUGCUUUACAACCCCACAUCAGCCAAAGGGCUCUGGGUCUGCAAAGACACUCUGAAUGUAUACUUAUUGUUUAAGUGCAUGCUUAUGCAACUUUUUGACAAUCAAUAAUUACACUGGGUUACAUUUGAAUUGAAAUCUGUCAGUCUUUGAGUGGGGAUUUGCUGCUUUUUUUUGGCCGUUGUAUGUAUUCCUUUAUCUGCCCUACGUUUUCCACUGUUGUCUGUGAGAUGUUGAGGUAUGUCCGCUGCUUAUGUUUUGUUGCUUCUCUUGCCUUGGGUUGUCAAUUGCCUCCCUUAUGCUGAACGUAGAAUAGAUUUUUAAGAAAAAGUCAAUGUACUAAUUAAAAACAAUCUUCUUCACCGAA